AUGAAGGUUCCUACUUGCGCAUUUGAUGCUACGCCCGGUGCUGCUACAUCGGAGUCGGCUAACCGAACCGGCAUAAUGGAGAGAACUCUGGCAAUUGAGCCAAGUCUUAGUAGUAGUAAUCGUACGAGUAAACGUACGAUUUCUUCCUCCUCCUCGUCUUCGACGGCCUCCGACUCUUACUGUGUUUCGUUGGCUGUAGGACCGCUGUGGUGGUCCGAUGUCCCAACAAUCAGGACCGAUCACGAUAGGGCGUCUCCCUUGAAGGAAUACAAUCGCAAGGAUUCUUUCGAUUCGACAACGACCACCGCUUCAUCUGAGUACUAUGAUCUGGAUUUCCCCGAAUCAACCGUCGAUUACUUAAACCACCAGGAAGCUGCUGUAAUUCAGGAAGUGUUGAGCCAAUCUGCUCCAACACCCAUCACACUGAAACUUUUCGUAACACCGCAGAAAUGCAGCAGCUGGGAGACGGUCUUUAACCCAAUCGAUAACAUUCUGUACGUGUCGCUGCCGUCGGCGAUGUCGCACGAGGCGUCGAAGCAUUCCUUCAUUUCACUUCUCGAGUUUGCCGAAGAGAAGCUGGAAUGCGACGCGGUUGUGCUGUGCAUUCGCAAGGAUCGACUCGACCGCCCGAACUUGGUACGGACGUUCUCUUUUGUUGGUUUUCAGCCACUCAGCCCAAAAUCUCCGCUAGCUCCACCGCACAUCGAGGAGCAACAGAGAAAUGAGUAUCUCUUCAUGAUCUACAGCAUCGAGGAGUAGAAACAUAUGGAAAUCCAUUUCAUUAUGAUCCAUCCUACCAUCCAUCAUCGAGGAUCAUAGCUUCUCAGCAGGAAGGCGUGCGUGGGUACUUUCGUAUCAAAAUGAAAUUUGUGUCUUUGGACCGACGCUAGUAAGAUACAUACAAAAAACCGACGUUCGGUCUGGAUGUGAGCAGAAUCAACAACUCGCGUGCUCUUAAACGAUAAGGACGAAAUUGACACACUGAGCUUCGAUUGGUGGCAGAGAUCGUUGCACUCCAAAUUGGUGCUGCUAAUGUUCGUCCGUUUUGAUACGAUCGUAUGGUACACAGUGCAGAACAUAAAUAUGCAUCAGCAAUGAAAAAACAUAUUAAGCGAUAACCAUCAGUGAACAACAGCAGCGCUUGUUGAAUGGUUUCUUCAGUGAAAGUUCCAUCUUUUCACCCAUUCUUAAUGCAGCAAAACCGAAGGCAUCCAUGUAAAGCCUUAGAAGAUAACAUUUCCCUUUUUCGAAGAUUACAAUACCAGCUAGGUUCUUCACAACAACAAACACGCGUUACAUGAACGAACGUUGAAGAUAUUUUAUAGCGUACAUAAUACUACACACUAUAGUAGAAUACUAAUGGGAACGAAAAUUAAAGAAUGAAGAAAAAAACAUCAUCAGAAUCGGUAUCACGAUCUAGCCCGUCGAAAUACUUGCGAUUUGUAAUUGUUUAAGAGAAAUGCUACUAUCUGGUAAUCAUAAAAAAAUGCUAGAAAAAGUAAAAAAAAAACAAAAAAAACUAUAAAAAAAA